AUGGUUUAUCUAGGAAAAAAUGUGCAUCUAUCACACGACGAUGAUGACUACAGAGAUGAAAUUAAAGUGUUUCAGCAGCACUGCGGCGGAGAGAACCUCUGUGUUUAUAAAGGGAGACUUCUGGAAGAAGAGAAUUUCAGUUUGGUCUCCAGGCGUCACCGUGGCUUCCCGUUUAGCCUCACCUUCUACAUUAAUGGGAUCCAGGUGGACCGUUUAAGCUCAUGCUGUGAGUACAAACACCGCAAAGGAGCGCGCCUCGGAGGCAAAAAUGGGUAUUUUGGAAUCAUCAACGUCGAAGGAGCUUCUCCUUGUUACAGAUGUAUCAUUGCCAUGGGCCUAGAUAAAAAGCCAUCUCCCCCACCUCCAAAGAGCAAGCACGCCCUUGAUGAGAAUGGGGAGCAGGAGGAGAAACCAGAGGAAGAACAGAAUGACAAAUCAGACAUGGAGGAUGAGCCUACGGAGAGAUGCUACGAUGAGCCUGAUGAUAAAUUGGGACAGGAAAGGUCUGUCCACGAGGAUGGCGAUCCAAAGGAAGGUAAAUCAAAUAUGGACUAUGAAGAGGAUGGAGAGGAGGAGGAAGAAGAAGAUGUGGAGAAUAAGGACAUCAAGACA